AUGCCGUUCGAACUCCCCCCGCUGCCGUACCCCAUGGACGCCCUCGAGCCGUACAUCAGCAAAGAGACUCUCGAGUACCACUAUGGGAAGCACCACGCGGCUUACGUGAACAACUUGAACAAACUCGUCGAGGGGAAGCCGGAGGCUUCCAAGAGCCUGGAGGAAAUAAUAAAGACCUCCUCGGGGUCGGUGCUGAACAACGCGGGCCAGGCGUGGAACCACACGUUCUACUGGAAGUCGAUGCGGCCGGCCUCGGCGGGGGGCCCCCCGGGGGCCCCCGGCGGGGGCCCCCCGGGGGCCCCGGGGGCCCCCCUGCGGGAGGAGCUGGAGAGCGCGUUCGGGGGCGUGGAGAAGUUCCGGGAGGCCUUUGCUGCUGCUGCUGCUGCGCACUUCGGCUCGGGCUGGGCCUGGCUCUGCUUCUGCAAGAAGUCCCGCAGCCUCUUUUUGCUGCAGACCCACGACGGGGCCACGCCUUUCAGAGACAACCCCAACUGCGCGCCGCUGCUCACCUGCGACCUGUGGGAGCACGCCUACUACAUCGACCGCAGAAACGACCGCAAGAGCUACCUCGACGCGUGGUGGUCUGUGGUGAAUUGGGACUUCGCGAAUGAGAACUUGAAGAAGGCAAUGCAGGGAAGCGACUAG